AUGGAAACGAAUAUCAGAUAUCCUCUGCGUGGAAUAAAACCGCCAAAAUACAGGUUAAAGUCAAGAAAAAGCUUUAUAAAAACAAUUGAUCGGUAGCUCAAGUAACGAGGAAAGAUUAAGACGCUGGGAACAGAUGAUGAUAAAAUUAAGUAAAUAUGGAGAAAACGGAAUCACAGAAACGCCAAUAGAAGAGCUACGUAAAGGAAAAACACUCCCGUGGAAUCUAUAGAGAACCAUAAUCGUUUAAAAGUAUCUUUCAGCCGAACUAAAACGAACGUGUUUAAAUGGAGCUUAGCCGAAAACGACAAACGUGAAUGUGGAGAAAUUCAGGAUGAAGGACAUGUUUAUGAGUGCCCCAAACUUAAUGCUAAAUAUACUAAGAAGAAUAUAGAAGAAACAAAUGACAAAGUCAUACAGCUGACAGAAUAUUGGCAUGGGAAGUAA